AUAUUAAGUGAGAUAUUGUUUUCAAUUCACUGAUCAUUUCGACUUCGAAAACAUUUUUGUUAUAUUUUUGUGAAAUACUUUUUAAAACAAACAUUUAUUGCUGAAAAAUAUCAGUAUUUUGUCGAAACAGUUAAUGUGGGAAACUAUACGUGAAUUAUUGUUUUAAACAAAAUUAUUUUUAAUUAAACAACUUUUUAAAUAUCUAUUAAAUCAUAUUUUAUAUUUAUUUUAAGAGACAAUGAAAUUGUUAUCAAUUUUAUUAGUGAUCGGUUUGAGUGCACCAUUCAUAUGGUGUACCAGUGAUGAGGAAACCUCACAACUAUUAAAACUGUUGAAUGUGGCCAUACCUGCCGACAGCCCCACCGCCACUGUAUGUCAACUCACUGGACAGACAGUCGGACAAUACAUUCAAACUAACGCUCAAAAGACUGUCGUAAUCGUAGUGAGGGAUCAGAGCACCCGUACUACCGAUGACUUCGCUGUAAAGUCGGCCCAACUCUUAGCCAACAGAAACAUCAAUGUCUGCGAGCUGUCCAUCACUGACCAGACGGUCUCCCCAAUCACUGGUGGAAAGGGAUCUGUUUUGGUGUACGUUAAUGGCAAAGAGCACCUGUACUUUGGACGGAGAAGCGCUUCGGCACUGCUAUCAUAUGUCCUGAGACUUAGCGCAUCUCAUGUUCGGCUCAUAACAGGAAAGUUAGAUAAAAAGGCCUACGAUUUGGUGACCGGACCCAAACUCAUCGGCUUUUUCAUGCCCUCCACUCCCGACCUCGCAAUCUAUGAGACAGUGGCCGCCAAAUACAGUCCAGACAUACCUUUCUAUUUAGUCACCGACCGAAUGGUGGCCAAACACCUGAAGCUCCAACUCGUGGGACAAAUAAAUUUAGUGAAACCGACCGAAAAGUUGGCCAUAAGUAUGACCGCAAACCCGGCCACUGCUCAGGACAUCGAGGACUUCAUCGCCCAAAACAAGGGGGUUGUCCUCAAGUACUUGACUGAGCAGAACGUGUUCGACCCGCAGCUCCGGGACCCCAACCGCACAACCGUUGUGGCCAUCAGUGACCGGACGUCAGCCGUCGGCCAUUACUUUCAUAGGCUGUUGACAAAAGUGGUCCGAAAUAUCACCCGAGAGAACAACGCCAUCAUCGCAGCCGCAGCCGCCGCCUCUGCCACAGCUACCGGUGCUGUCGACCCAAUAAUAGCACCAAUUGAUAGCACAGCUGAUGCUGCCGUUGUUGAUACGACUGUCCCCUCGCCUAUCAAUCUGUCUGCCAUUGAGAUCAUUUGGAUCGACGCCCAGACGUUCCCAUCAAUUGGCGUACUUUUGGAUCACAUCCGGAGUCAGAACGGGUUGUCCGCCGGUUUGGACGCAUACUUAGGUGUUGUGAGCGCCGGUAGCACACAAUGGAUGGACACAAACGCGUUAAACACCAGCGCCAGUAAAACGGCCGACGAGGCGAACCUACAGCUCCUGAAACAAUGGUUCACUGAUGUGAUCGCCAAUCAGACGGUGACGGCUGAGCAGCCGACGCUCGUCAACACCAGCCCUAACACCGCCGGUGCUGUCGUUCCCCAGAGUUUCCUAAAGACUCCGCAAAAUAUAGGCGUCAGAGAAGGUGAGGGGUUUAUUUUGGAGUGCCAAGUGAGUGGACUGGUAGGCGACUGCUUGUGGCUCAGGGAUGGCCGUAAUAUCGGCUCAAACGUGGGUCGCGUUUCGGCGGACUAUCGGUGGCGACAGUCGGACCGCACGGGAGGGGACUGUAGUCUAGUCGUGGCCAACGCUCAGGCCGUCCGCGAUAACGGCCAAUGGAUUUGCGAAGUGACCGGAGAUCAGACUCAGCCCACCCUUACAUCCCCGGCCGCCACAGUCAACGUACAGCCGGCCCUCAAAAAGGAGCUCUGA